AAUCCCGUCUAUUCAGUUUCAUUUUUCAUCCUCGUAUGCAUCUUUCUCGCUAUAAAUACAUACUCGUGCAACCCAUCGAAUUUUUUCUCUAUAUUCCUUCUCGAAUUUUCUGUCUGUCUGACACUAAAUCUAAUCGUCAAUUUUCGAGCAUACAAGGAAUUGAACACAGAGGCGCUCUGUAUUGUUGCCGAUCUUAUCGAUCUAUUACAGUCAAAAGACAGAAAGGCCGGGAAGGAACCUCCAAAGGCCUCCUCAAAGCCUUCCCUUCACAUCAAUAGCAGCAUCUCCGGAGCCCCGGCCAGCGGUUACAACCCCCUUUCCGGAACAUUCCACACAUUCGACACCUCGCCCAUCCCCACAUCCACCCCUCUCCCCACCAACACCCGUUUCCGCAACAUGGACGAAUUAGACGACCCCAACCCAUCCCUUAACGGCACCGAAUACGACUCCAUCUCCAACAACGGCAGCUGGUCCGGCGAGUCCGAGGACCACCGCGAAAAGCCUCCCCAUCCUCGCGCGGAACCGUCACCAGUCCCCGGCGCCGACAACGACAAGCGGGAGAAAAUCCGGCUAAAAAACGAGCGCAAGCACCAGCGCCAGAAGGAAAGGCGGGCCCAGGAGCUUCACGAGCGGUGCACCGGCUACCUCAUGUCGAGGAAGCUGGAGGCCCUUUCCCAGCAGCUCGUGUCCAUGGGCUUCCCCCAGGAUCGGGCCAUGAUGGCCCUCAUCCUAAACGAGGGCCGUGUGGAGGAGUCUGUCGCGUGGCUUUUCGAGGAAGACAAUAAUAACAACAACAGGCAGGAGGCGCAGAGUCUGUAUAAUGGGAAUUUGAAGAUCGACAUCUCGGAAGAGGUGGCCCGCGUAGCCGAGAUGGAGGUUAGGUACAAGGCGUCGAAGCAGGAGGUGCAGCGGGCUGUGGUCUCGUGCGAGGGUGACCUCCAGCUGGCGGACGAGAUGCUGCGUUCCCAGAAAGAGGAGGAGCCUCCAGCCAAGCUCGAGCAAGGGAGGGAAGAGAAAGAUUUCAACUACAAGCAAAAUCCGAUUAGAAUACAAGCAAAAGCCACGGUGCCUGUAUCUUCCCAGCAGAGGAGGGAAGAGAAAGAUUUCAACUACACCAAACCUCCACCGACUGUGGGUCCCUCAGCUGAACCGGUGACCAAAAACGUGCAGGUGCUGAAGGUUCCACCUAAACCGGGCACAAGUGCAAGUGUGGGAUCUCAUAAUAAUAGUACUACUAAUAAUAACAAAAUCCACAGUAAUAGUAAUCCUUCUACUUCGAUUCCGCUAUCAUCAUCAUCGCCUUUGCUGGCCAAGACAGAGGCGCCUCGUUUCUUAGCUGUUGGGAACGAGUUGAAGAGUUUGCAGCUCGGUUCGGUUAAGGAGCCAGUCGUGGUAAUGCAGAGACCUCAACCUCAACAACCUAUCUCUAUCCCAAAGCAAGCUCCACCUCAAUCCCCGAGCACGAGCCUUGGGUCAUACGAGACAUUGAGGCCCAACAGGCUCGACCCAUCUUUUGCUGUUGCUAGAGCUGUUAAUCCCGAGAUUGUCAGCUCAAAUCCGAUGUACAGCCAGUUUCAUUACCAACAGCAGCAGCAGCAACAGCAGUAUGUGUCCAAUAGUAGAGGCCUUGCAGCUGCCUCGUCACUAGGCCUGUUUUCAGGAGUAGGCACAAAUGGGGGGUAUUCUGGGUCUGUUGACUGGAAAACGGGUGGGUCAAUAUUGCAUUGUGAUUACGCAAACGUGGACUGGAGUUUGGACCGUGGGUUGUUGCCCCAAAGGCCCAAUGGGCUGUGGCCCCGGACAAGCUACCCUGUGCAGAAUAAUGGUUAUGGGGUGAGGUCGGGCAUGAGGCCUGUUUUGUCUGGUGGAGUGUCCCACGGAUUGCCUGAAGGGGAUUCAAGUUCUUGGGAGUGGAGUUCGCCGUUUGAGGAGAAGGAUAUAUUCAGUCUGCCAAGACAGUAUGUCUCGUCACCUUCUCUG